AAAAAUUAUGCUGCGCAGAUUCGGAGGAAAUCGAUCGGAUCUUGCCUUCAGAUUUGUUUGAUUUUUUCCAGAUUUCCUCUUUGUUUUUCUCUCUCUCUGACCUCUCCAGCAAAGUGAAAUCUUUUGGCCACUAUAAAGAACCAAAAGAGAAAAUAGACCAAACACCCACCUUUCCUCAUCCUCUUAUCUUUGCCCUGCAACAAAAGCCUAGCAUUUCACCGACGAUGACCAUCGCCGCCGAUGCUCCUCGUUUCCACGUCCUCGCCGUCGACGACAGCAUAACUGAUCGGAAGCUCAUCGAACGACUACUUAAAACCUCUUCUUACCAAGUUACUGUGGUGGAUUCUGUGAGCAAGGCCCUGCAGUUUCUGGGUUUGCUUGAAGAUGGUACUACUGCAACGCCUCCGGGCCAAAAGGAGGUUGAUGUGAAUUUGAUUAUUACUGAUUAUUGCAUGCCGGAAAUGACAGGCUAUGAUCUCCUCAAGAAGAUCAAGGAAUCUUCCUUGCUCAAGGACAUCCCAGUAGUCAUCAUGUCUUCUGAGAAUGUGCCUUCCCGAAUCAAUAGAUGCCUGGAAGAAGGAGCAGAUGAGUUCUUCCUGAAGCCAGUACAGUUAUCAGAUAUGAAAAAACUGAGACCUCAUAUUCUCAAGGGCAAAUCCAUGGACAGCAAUGAAAGUACCAGCACUCCCAGCAGCAGUAGCAAAAAAAAAUCUUCGAAUGAGGGGAUUUUACCCGAGUGGACAAAGACAAGGCUUAAUCUUCCAUGGAGUUUUUUAUCUUAUUUUUCAUCUUCUACAUGUAAUUAUUGAGUUUUGUUCUCUCUUUUCUUUCAUAGUUGUUUAUAGGCAUGUUUUGGGUUAGUUUCUUCCCAAUAUUUUUGAGUUUGAUAUUUUGUCCAGAGGAUAGGAAUGUAUGAAAUUUAAGAAAGGAAAUGGAAAUCAUCAUAUUGUUGAUAAAAUUA